UUUGAUUUUGAAAUGCUCCAAGAGCUAGCCUAUAAGUACUUGGACAAGCUUUUCCUAAAAGUUUUGCAGAAGCAAAUUAGCCAAGUGGCAACAAAGCUUUGCAAUUUUAUUGAAGAACUCGGACAUUAUGAGGUUUUCUUUGAAUAUUAAACAUUUUCAAAUAUUCAAAACUUUGGAAUCUCAGAACGAUAAAGAAUCCUUUGCUAGAAUCCAGAAUCUGGAAUCUCACAUAGAUCCCUUAGAGAUUCCGUCAACUACGAAGCUUCGUCUUAUGUGUGAAACUGAGAAAAUUGAAGAUUAUUCAGUUGUGGCUCCACCUAAAGUAUUGAAAUCCAGCCCUAUCAUAACUGAAGAGGAUUGAAAAUGCUUGUGAAUUGUACAUCGUAAUAAAAAAUAUUAAUAAUCUUGAAUUGUAUAAUAAAAAUUCAAAACCAGCUCCUACUUCUUGGAUGUUAUGAAAAUUAUUUUUUGAUUGAUUUUUAAAAAAAUUAGUACCGAAAUUUGUAAACUAGAGUUUUAAAAAAAUAUUGUUUUAGGUGAGUUUUGAAAAAUUCUGACGAAAAAAUUUUUGAAGCUAUUUUUUGCAUAAAUUCCAGCAAAACAAUUCGAAGAUCAAUUUAAACAUUCAACAAUAAUUAUAUUUAAGACUUUUUAGUAAAACCUGUGAAAUCUGAAAAAAAUUAAUUAUUGCAUAAAAAUUGAAAGUUAAGAAAAUUGAUUAGAGAAAGGUUUUUAACAGAUUUUUUCAAAAUAAGAACACUUUAAAAAAAUUUGUAGCUCAUUAGGUUUUUGAGUGAAGGCUGAUGUAUCCUUUUACAGCCCAUAGUCUAGAUAUAUUUGUUUGAGCAAUUCAUCAAAUACUCUAUUAUUCAAACUCCGAAUGUCCUUGACCAGAGACCAAAUCUCCAAUUUAUAAACACACUCCUGGGUACGUGUCUCGUGUUCAAAAAAAACAAACAUGUUUAUGCCACCACAUGUUGUUGCCUUCAAUACGCACACAUAAAAUGAAUUGCAAAAUUGAAGUUCCCAGGGAUUUGAUAAAUGAAUUCACAAAUCCGUCGAGAAAGAGACCCGUUCGAACGACACUGCGAGAAAACUGGAGCCUGGUUGAGAAUAUAGAUGCUCAGCUGAAAAAUGCAGAUGACCUCCCCGAAAAAUUGCCCCCUUUGGUGACUCAUAUCACGAAAAACUUCAUGAAAAUCGUCAGCUUCAUCGCGAAUCCCAGAAAAUUAUCUGCAAGGCUGAGAAAGCCAAAAGACGAUCAACCAGAAGAGUUCUUGGAUUUUGAAAAUGAUUUGAGAGAUGCUCAGAGGAACUGGGGAGAGUUUUUCAGAAAGUAUGAGAACGAAAUUAAUAUGUUUACGGGAGCAGCGAAACAAUAUGGAAAAGUAGAUUUCCACGAGGAAUUGUGGCAGCAGACAAGGUUUCAGAAACUAACUUCAGCCAUCACAAACUUUUCCGAAAAGAUUCAAAACAAAACCGUAUCCUACAUCCCUCCAUCACGAUUUUUAUUCGCAUUUGUUGGUUUUCUUGCCAGUUGGACAAUAGUUCCAGUUUUUAAUACUCCGAAAAAGAUUUCUUCAAAAAUAUUCACCCCGAAGCAUGUUGAGCAGUCGAUGAAUGGAAAUGGCGUUCACAAAAUGGAGAAAAAUGGAACAAAUCACACAACAAAAAACCCUAUUCCAUCGAAAAUCAUUGUUACGCCACAGGAGAACGAUGAAGCUAUCACGAAAUUUCACGAAAGUAUGAAAAACUCAGAAAAUGUAAUUUCUGAAAAGGAACAAGAUUUGCAAAAUAAACUCAACGUUUAUCAGAAGGAGAUUAGUGCCAGACUGGAAGUUCAAGAGAAGCGUCUGCAUGCUGAAAUUGACGCAUUUGAGCAUGAAAAGGAGCAAAGACGAAAGCAGGAAGAGGAAGAGUUCUCGAAGAAAAUGAUGGAGCAAGAUCAAGAAUUUCAGAAGAUUAUUCGCAAAAUUGACGUGGAUCGGAAAACAUUUGCAGAAGAAAAACAUUUAAAACUAAUGGAAGCAUGUGAAAACCAAGAUGAAGUUCUGCUGAAAUUGCUCAAUUCCUCUCUGAAAUCAUUUCACUGGGAAGAACACGAAGAGUACUGGGCCAGUCGAUUGAACGUUCUUCGUAACUCACUGUCGCUUAUUCGUUCCGAAUUUUGGAGUUUUGAGAGAUAUUUCCGGCAGCAGGCAGAGAAUCCAGAGAUGUGUCCGAAUUUUGUGAGAACUAUUUUUGAGAUGGAAUCAGCCUCGUUCGGCCAGACAGUCACCAGAGCUCAGACCCUUAUCAGUAACCAGCACGAGUUUUUCGAUGUGCUCUUCGAUAAAUACGACGAUGAUUUGUUUUUGAAAGUGCUUUGGAAAGCCACGAGUCAAGUGGCCAAUCAGCUCGACAAAAUAAUUUUUGAAUUAUGGAGCAUCGCGGUGAACUCUCAUGGAUACGACUACUUUAAGCUUCGGUCAGCAGUGAUGGAAGUUGACCCAUCGUCAAUUCCGACCACAUGGAGGCUCAAAGGAAUCUGUCACUCAGCUGAUCCAUCGGAUUAUGAAGAUUCAUUAAGUAUCGGAUCACCUUCUGUAUAUAGUCAUUUUUAAUUUGUCUGAAAAUGAUUUUUUGUACAUAAAUUAUUUAUUCU